CCCCUCCGCUACAGGAAGAGCCUGAAAGUCAACGAUCCGCGGAGGAAAGGCUGAUAGUUUGAUCGUCUCUCCUGAUGCAGGAAACUUUUCUGCUGUUCAUAAAUAAAUAAUUGUUGUCUGGAUGUAGCUAUGAGAUGGAGACCCAGAUCACCUUUAUUUGCUUAUUUCUAGUGAUUCUGGGAUUUUCUGCUGCUGAAGUGAAGGAGAAUCUGACAGCAAUCGUUGGAGGAACCAUCACUCUACCUGGUGCUGUCACUGAGAAAGGAUAUCUUACAUAUAACUUAAAAAUCAUUGCUUCAGUAUCUAAAGGUGAACUUGAUAUUGAUGUGAACAUUUACAAGAACAAACUUCAGUGGAACCGAAGCUCUGGACUCUUUAUGAUCACAAACCUGCAGAAGAACGACUCAGGAAUCUAUACAGUUCAAAAAGGCGAAUUUUAUUCUUCAUAUAAGCUUCAAGUUUAUGAUCCAGCACCGACUCCUACAGUAACACCAGUUGAUGUGACCUCUGACCUCUGCCUGUUGAUCUGCUCUGUGGACAAACCAGCGACUCUGCUGUGGAUCAGAGACAAAGAAAUACAGAACCAGAGCCGCUCUGCUCUGUCUUUACCUGUUACUGUCCAUAAGGAGGAUAGAGAUUCAUCAUAUAGAUGUGUAGCAGCCAAUCCUGCAGAGAACAAGACUGUUGAUGUUAAUUUAAUGUCAUCCUGUGGAUUCAAACAGACACAAACUCUGGAUUAUAGAAGAAAAUAUUGGAUUGCAGGUGGUCUCUGCAUUGGGUUUAUUGUAUUGAUUGUUUUUGGAUUCCUGGUGAUCCAGAAGAAGUUUUUGGGCCAAAAAUCAUCAGGCAGUCAAACACAAGCAGGUUCAGUAAGAGAAGAGGAAGUCCAGUAUACGCCAAUUCAUUUUAAGGAUAAAAGACAAAAUCAGGGAGAAAAUAUUCCAGAACCAUCAGGAAGCAGCGACAACAAUCUGACAACAGUUUAUGCUAAACUGGAGCCUCCAACCACAGACCAGAACCUGCUAACAGCUAGCGGCUAACAGCUAACGGCUAACAGCUAGCGGCUAACAUUUCAGCUGUUCCUUUCAGGAACUCCAAGCUGUAAAACAGCUCUGUGUAAAUAUAAUAAAUCCCUGUAGAUAUUAAGCAGCUUAUUAUAUUAAUUUUUAUUGUUGGCUGUACAGGACUCCAUACAUUUCCUGUUUCUUGUAUUAAGUUUUAUAUUUGUGCCUUGAAUUUUUUGUGAAUAUUUUUGUGAAUAAUUUUUUGUUCUGUUACAAACAUUGCAGCAUUUCAUUUUUUUGUACUGUUUGCUAAAAGCAGCUUAGAAUGUGGUAAUAAAUGACUCAAUGACUGCC